AUGAGCGCCCGCCUGGAGCUCCCGCUGCGCAGCAUCCGGCUCGUCAUCGCCUACGCGGCGUCCUGGGACCCGAGCGACGACGCCGAGCGCUGGUUCAAGUUCGUCUCCCUGCUGAGCGUGUCGCGGUCCUUCCACGCGGCGCGGCCCCUGCUCUUCGAGCUGCUCGUCAACGCCCAGGCCCCCUGCAAGGCGCGCGUCGCCGAGCUCGAGGACCGCUUCAUGUUCAUCCGCCCGAGCUUCCGGGGCACGGCGCGCGGCACGCUGAAGAACGCCGUGAAGCAGCUGCGCACAGUAGAGACGCGCGAGCUCACCAAGGUCUUCCGGGCGCUGCGGCGCGGCGGCGUGGGCGCGCGCGAGGCCAUGGUCCGGGCCGUCGCCGAGGCGACGCCCGGCGAGUUCUACGAGCGCCUCUGCGCCUGGUACGACCGGGAGCGCUUCCGGCUCCGCGCCGCGGUCCGCAUGCGGAGCAAGCUCUACUACCAGCUCUGCAAGCUCCAGCUCGCCGGCGACGGCGCCGCGGCGGGCAGUUCGUUGGACGCCGACGCCGCGCGGCGGCUCCGGGACGCCCUCGCGCAGCCGCUCUGCGCCCUGAGCGACGCCGCGCGGUCGCGCGUCGCCUCCGCGACGGGGCUCCGGCCGCCGCCGCCGCCCAAGUUCUCCGCGGCCCUCCUCGAGCAGACGCGGGGCGAGAUGCGCGCCGCGUCCCUGGCCAAGCCGCCGCCGAGCCACCCGUCGCCCUACGCCUACUUCCCGCCCCACUCCAACUCCGCGGCGCCGCACCCGGCGCCGGCCUUCGACCCGAGCGAGGCCCGGCUCCAGCGCGGCGUCUUCCGAGUCUAA